GGCAAGGAUAGCACAAACCUGGAGGGGGCAGUAGUGGGAGGCAAAAGUUUAUGCAAGACGACACGAGUGCGGUUUCAAGACUGGGAUUUUCUUCUUUUGGGCGGGAAUCCUCGUGUUUUCUGGCGUUUGUGAUGUGCAGCCGCUUGUUGUUGGAGAAGGCUUCCCGUUUUGUGAGUGGAGAGCUUUUCCUCAGCCGCCCUUGGAGGCCAUCGCCCGCCGCCAUGCAGACGCGCUCAGCUUCUUCCAGUUCUGGAGAGCCACCCAAAGGUAAAAAGAACGUAAUUACUGAAAUCCAUGGGACCAUCAUGGCAAUUGGCAUUAACAGGCCAGAAAUCAGGAAUGCAGUGGACCAGGAAACUGCAAAGUUGCUUGUACAGGCUUUCAAGUCAUUUGAAGAGGACCGUUCCCUGACAGUAGCAGUGCUUCAUGGAUUGGGAGGAAAUUUCUGUGCUGGUUAUGAUUUGAAAGAGCUGGCUGACAACCCAAGCUCAGUCAAAUUGGAACAAGAUGUCACCAAAGGUCCUGGUCCCAUGGGUCCUUCUAGGAUGACUUUUUCUAAGCCAGUGAUUGCUGCAGUGAGUGGGUAUGCUGUGGCUGGUGGACUGGAGCUGUCUCUCUUGGCUGAUCUACGUGUUGUGGAAGAAAGUGCUGUUUUUGGAGUUUUCUGCAGGCGUUUUGGUGUUCCAUUAAUAGAUGGUGGCACUGUGAGGCUACCAAAGCUCAUUGGUCUGUCACGAGCAAUGGAUCUCAUUCUCACUGGGCGGCCUGUUAGUGCACAAGAAGCGUAUCAGUUUGGACUGGCAAAUCGAAUAGUUCCCAAUGGCCAAGGGUGUGUCCCUCCACAAAAACACAUUCCUGCUGUGAACCUUUGACCACUGAGAAGGAACUACGUCCAUAAGGUAAAUGUAUACAACAGCCUUUCUGACCUUUCUGCUGAGUUUUCCUGUAGAAUAGGCUUUUUACCUCUUUUUGGAUUGGCAUGUAAACAGGUUUCAAAGCCACUUUGAUUCAGCUCAAACUGGUGCGGCUGCAAGAUUUCUCAGGUUUCUGAACAAUACAAUGGCAGCAUGUACUUCAUAUCUGAAUGCAAAACAGGCUUUGGAAACUGUUGGGAAAGCUGUCAGUGUUGUAGUAGAAGGGCGGUGAAAAAGAACAGGAGUGAAGGACUUUCUAUGCAUAGUUGUGUUUUUCAAUUAAUUAUGUUAUUUUGAUCAUGGAAGUGUAAUGGGAUGAGGAUGAGACAGAUCGUUUGUGACACAGUAGGUUAUUCAAUCCUGGCUGAAGCUGUCUCCGUUCUUCAAAUCCAAGAAGUGACUAAUGUCUCUGCAGACUUGCUGCCCAUGUCCUCUUUGCAUUCUGAUAUCCGGAUUCCUUGUAAAAAUAUGGCUGUUUUAUUUGGCACCAACAAGGCAUCUUUUGAAAGAAAUUUGAAUGAAACCCUGUUUUGUUUACACUGAGCUAGGGAUGUUCAACCUCACCCCCCCCCCCCAAACUGUGGGUUAGAGACACUUCCCCAAAAACAAUUUUGUCUGUUUUCAGUGCCAGAAUUAACAUAGAUGUUUGGAUAUUUGUUUACCAAGUUUAGAAGAAAAUGCGUUUUAAUGUAUAAAGAACUGACAGGGUAAUUUUUUAAAAUGUUCUCUCAGAAGUAAGUGCCAGAGAAUUCAGUGGGGUUUCACUCUCAGAUAAAUGAAUGAAAGGUUGCACGGGAGGAUUUUCCACACUUUGAACCUUGUAUCUGUCUGGGUGUAUAUCUAUAAUAAAGUAAAAUAAUACUAUUAAGCACUUACAGUUUAGAAUUAACGAUUUCAUUAAUAGUCAGCAUGAUCCAGCGUAUUAUAGUGAUUUAGGUAUUGGACUAUGACUCUGGAGACCAGAGUUUGAAUCUGCUUAGCCAUGAAAACCCACUGAGUGAUGUUGGACAAGUCACAUACUCUUAUCCUCAGAAAGCCCCAUGAUAUGGUCACAUUAGUGUUUGCCCUAAAUCAGAAAAGAUGUGAAAAACACACAACAGUAACAACAUGUAGUGGAGGAAUAAUACAUCUCAAAUCACUACUGAAGAACAGAGUAGCAGCCCCAAGGUCAAGGACUUUGGACAUUGCCAUGGUUGACCUUUUGUUUGUGUGAGAUAUUAAACAAACAUGUUUCAGGCAUGCCUGUCCCUGACAAAUCCCCGUGUCCAAUUUUUUGUCUCUUGGGAGAUUUUUGGAAUGUCGUUUCAGCGAAAUGUUUGCACUUGCUGUUAGCCCCUGGACAGCUGGCUAAGCAAUAACACCUUUUAUCUUGUUGUUGUCUGUCUUACAAUGGUGAGAUAGAUUUCAUUUCUCAUUAGAGUCAUUCUCUGUCAUUAGAAAUUUGGUUAAAUUUGUGCCUGCAGGAUUGCCGACCGACAGGUCGGUGGUUCGUAUCCAGGGAGAGUGGGUGAGCUCCCUCUGUCAGCUCCAGUUCCCAAUGUGGGGACAUGAGAGAAGCCUCCCACAAGGAAGGUAAAACAUCAAACAUCCAGGUGUCUCCUGGGAACGUCCUUGGAGACGGCCAAUUCUCUCACACCAGAAGUGACUUGCAGUUUCUCAAGUCACUCUUGACACAAAAAAAUUAGAAUUAUUUCAAAGCUCUCGGUAUUCAUCUACAUUGGAAAAUCUAUAUCUUUUUUGUGGUGUAUGUGUGGGAUACAUUUGAUAUUUCCCAGCCUAUAUAAUCCACGUAUUAGGCAAACCAUUGCUUCCUUUGCCUAUCCCUCACAUAGCCACCUAUCAAAAUAACAGGAGAAUACUCCCAUAUGUCAGUGAUGAAACCCAGAUGUUAUUGAACUGUAACUCUCAUCAUUACUCACCCUUGGAUAUUCUGGCUUAUGCUGAGAGAUGUACUCAAACAACAUUGGGAAUACAGUGUGAUUUCCAUGCUUGUUGGUUUGCUAGUUCAAGAAUGUCCAGUCCUGAGGUUUCCACACCAAAACCUGACACCCAAAAGCAAUUGCUAGUGAUGCUGUUAAGUGUUGUUUAAUAAAGUAUCAACCACUGUUGUUCAAAGCCUGCCAUUCAAACACACACACACACACACAUAGAUAUGUAUUUCUGUUUGGAAAUUAAGGGGAAAAAACUUUGCUGGGGCACACUUGACUCCUGCCUGGAUGUGACUCAUAAAAUCUGAAGACUCAGGGUCAGGCCCUGAGAUUUAAUAAUGGUAUACAUAAACAGAGAGAGAAAGACACACACACACACACACACACACACACACACAGACAAUUACCCAUGCCAUUGUAUUUCCAUGUGUAUGUCUGAUUGCGAUAGCUGGAUAGUAAAGAAGGCUGAUAGAAAGAAAAUCAAAUAAUUUGAAAUGUGAUGCUGGAGAGAAAUUCUGCAGAUGCAUUAGAGUCUCGCUUAUCCAACCUUUGCUUAUCCAGUGUUCUGUAUUAUCCAACGCAGUCUGCCUUUUAGUAGUCAAUAUUUUUGUAGUUAAUGUUUUCAAUACAUUGCGAUGUUUUGGUGCUAAAUUUGUAAAUACAGUAAUUACUACAUAACGUUACCGUGUAUUGAACUGCUUUUUCUAUCGAUUUUUUGUAAAACAUGAUGUUUUGAUGCUUAAUUUGUAAAACCAUAAUUUAGUUUGAUGUUUAAUAGGCUUUUCCUUAAUCCCUCCUUAUUAUCCAACAUUUUCACUUAUCCAAUGUUCUGCCGGCCCAUUUAUGACAGAUAAACGAGACUCUACUGUACCACAGAUUGUUAAAAAGACAAACAAAUGGGUAUUCAAGCAAAUUGAGCUUGAACUCUCCCUAGAAGCCAAAUUGAUUAAACUGAGGCUGUUGUACUUUGGCCAUAUCAUGAAAAGAGAUGACUCACUAGAAACAAAAAUAAUACUAGGUAAAUUAGAAGAUACCUUCUAAAGUAGAAGAGUAGAAGAGGAAGAUUAUAUUCUAGCUGGACAGAUUCAACCACAGAAGCCAUGACCCUGUGAUGACUCAUGGGCCAUGUAGUCCCGUUCCUAGUACUAUUGUGGCAGAUGAAGAGGAAAACUUGGGUUUUCCACCGUUUCAGCCAGAAUUGGAGCCCUUGCACCUGCAAGAUGUUUGGCCACGAGAAGUCAGCCAAACAAGCCUUGAGCAGAAAUCUCCCCCAUUUUCUCGCCGGGAUUAUUAUAAUCAAGAUAGAAGCGCUCGGGAGGCGACUCGCAGGAGCGCCAGGAUAGCUGCCAGACAAUUAGCUGAUUAAGUCUGUUUCCCUUGGGAAACUUUAAGGAGUCAUGCAUCUGGACACAGUAUGGGUUUCGUUUCUUGUUCCCCAGGGAAAGUGUUCCUUGGCGGGAAAACAAGAUCCUAUAUAGGUGUUUGCCCGCAAAGAAAUCCUUGCGGAGUCAAUUCGUCAGCUGGAGGAGUGAGAUCGUGUGUAGACUUCGUACUCCAGUUCCCUGUUUCCCGGAUCAAGUUUCCAGCCUUGCCUUGUCCCGCGUUUACCACGGACCUUGUUUUUGCUCUUGUUGUCUUGUUUCGAAUCUUGUUCUAGCCAAGUAUCAAGUUUGCUUCCAGCCUAUUUGCCAAGUUUCUAUGGACUUAAGGACCUUGUCUUCUCCCCACACUUUGCUUGGCAAAGUGUGUGUUUCGGUUAUUGGAUUAUAACUUUGGACUUUAAUAUCACAUAUUGGACAUUAUUUUCCUGGACUAUAUUUGACCUUUCCUGAAGGGUCUACUUCUGAACUAUAUUCUACACUUGUUUUUAUUGACUUUAUAUAUUUUCUUAAUAAAGAUAUUAGAUAGAU